CACUCUGACGCUUUAUCCUUUUCUUUCUCACUCACAUAACACCAACAACGUUUGAACCCUAAGGCGUGUGCGUGCGUUUUUUGUCUCACACACACACACAACACACACAGUGUAUGGUUUCGAUUCUUCGCAGGUUAUGGCUUCGGACAGUGCUUCUCGUUCGAGUUCUGCGGCCGAUUCCUACAUUGGCUGCUUGAUCAGCUUGACAUCAAAGAGUGAGAUCAGAUAUGAGGGUGUUCUCUACAACAUCAACACCGACGAAUCCAGUAUUGGCCUCAGAAACGUGCGAUCUUUUGGAACUGAAGGAAGGAAAAAGGAUGGUCCUCAAAUUCUACCAGGUGACAAGGUCUAUGAGUAUAUACUGUUCCGUGGGACUGACAUCAAGGAUUUACAGGUUAAAUCUUCUCCACCUGUCCAGCCUACUCCACCAAUAAACAAUGAUCCAGCUAUUAUUCAGUCUCAGUAUCCUCGCUCAGUCACCACAUCUACAAGUUUACCCGCUGGAAGUGGGUCUUUGGCUGAUCUUAGUUCUCACAGCGCACAGCUUGGACACCCUGGAUCAAAUUUUCAAGAGCCCUUGCCUUUGUAUCAACCUGGAGGGAACAUAGGGUCAUGGGGAGCAUCUUCACCUACCCCAAAUGCAAAUGGUGGUGGGCUUGCCUUGCCAAUGUAUUGGCAAGGAUAUUAUAGUGCUCCAAAUGGUCUUCCUCAUUUACACCAGCAAUCUUUGCUUCGACCACCACCUGGCUUAUCGAUGCCUUCGUCUAUGCAGCAGCCAGUACAUUUCCCUAAUUUUGGUCCCUCUUUACCAACUGGACCUUCAAAUUUGCCAGAAUUCCCUUCAGCUUUACUCCCCAUGGGUACUACUUCCCCUAGUCUAACAUCUACUUCUAUACCUCCCUCAAAUCUUCCAUCAACUUUACCUCCAGCACCUUCUGCUGCAAUAGUGCCUGAAAAUCUGCAAGCAUUAGUUCCAAACAAGGCACCAACUGUUUCGCUUCCAGCAGUCACGCUAGCUGCUAACUUACCAUCACUUUCUCCUUUUUCCAAUGGUGGUCCAGAUGCUAGUGCUGUAGCGCCACUGGUCAACAAACCUAACGCAAUUUCAGGUUCAAUCUUGCCAUACCAAACUGUAUCCCAGCUGACUUCUGCAAUGGUUGGAUCAUCAAAUUCUAUCCGUACAGGAACACAAGCCCCUUCUCUGGUAACCCCUGGUCAAUUAUUGCAGUCUGGACCAACUGUAAUAUCUUCAUCUCAGCCUUCACAAACACCUCAUAAGGAUGUUGAAGUGGUUCGAGUAUCGUCAUCAUUGCCUCCAGAGCCAUCUGUGCCAGUUUCUGCUGAAACUCAGCCACCAAUACUGCCAUUGCCAGUAACUACACGGCCCAAUCACAGGCCUGGUGGAGCUUCUAUCCAAACUCAUCAUGGCUAUGGUUACAGGGGACGUGGAAGAGGAAGAGGAACUGGGGGUUUGCGCCCAGUUCAAAGAUUCACUGAAGACUUUGAUUUCAUGGCAAUGAAUGAGAAGUUCAAAAAGGAUGAAGUAUGGGGUCAUCUAGGUAAAAGCAGUAAGUCUCAUUCAAAAGAGAAAGAUGGGGAAGAGAAUGCCGGUGAUGAAGAUGACAUUCAAGAUGAAGAAGACAAUGGUGAUGCAUCAAAGUUGGAUGUUACGCCUGUUUAUAAUAAGGAUGAUUUCUUUGACUCACUCUCUUGCAACGCGCUUGAUCAUGAUUCGCAAAAUGGAAGGAUUAGAUAUUCUGAGCAAAUUAAGAUUGACACCGAGACAUUUGGUGAUUUUACGAGGCACCACCGCGGUGGCUGGGGGGGCCGUGGUCCAUGGCGUGGUGGACGAUCUCGUGGUGGUUAUUAUGGAAGGGGUUAUGGCUAUGCAGGAAGAGGAAGGGGGGGACGUGGCAUGUCCAGUCGUCCUUCUUAGAUGGCUGCAGUGAUGGUGUUUGGUUGAAGUUGUGGUGGUGGGGAACAAAAGCCAAGUGAAGCCACCCACUAAAGCAGUGUUUCUUGAGUCUAUCUAUGCUUCAAUAUUGUGUUUUCUUUAUUACUGUUUGGUCACAGAAUAAGUAGGACAGUUUUUCUUGUCAUGUUGCCUUAUUACCCAAAGGAACCUGGUUUGGUGGAAAGAUUUUUCAGCACCAUUUUGUUUUUAGUUCGUAUAAGUCAGAAGUUUAUUUUGACUAGUUUCUUGCUGUAUAUUGUUUAUGCAUGGAAGCAAUCAGCAAGUUGUGCAUUUCAGAGACGUGUUUUCUCUCGUAUUGUUUGCAUUGUAAAUGCGAGUUACAGUUUUUAUAU